AUGCCUAAAAGAUCGACGAAUAUUCCAAGAUCAACAGCAUUUGUGGGUACUCAUUCAGAUAUGUCAGUAGCUGGCGAGCUCCUUGCUGGAUGUGCUGCGGCUGCUUCAAUAUCUCAACUUUCUGUCUAUAUCCUUAAGACUAGCCUUGCUCUGGGGGCAUUCAUUGAGAGCACACGACAGGCUUCUUCGGAGUUAAGGCACAUACGAACGGAGGUCAUCUUAGUCCAACAUACUUUGCACAUCCUGAAGGACCAACUUUCCGGCAUUGACAAUGAUAAACUUCUGCUGGAAAGCUACCACGUUCUUUUACAUCAUGCUCUGGAGGAGAUCUACAGGACAGUUGACGAAUUGCAUCUAGCUUGUUCGGGACGUAGCUCGAGUUCGCUUCGAAGGAGGGAGCAGGUCAAAUUUGUGUUGAAAGAUAGAAAUGCUAUCAAGAGCAUUAUGCGGCGAUUAGCAAGCUCGAAGGACACGCUGAAUACUAUUAUCAGCGUCAUUAUCCUGCAAAUAUCCUCGAGGGCUGCGGCUGGAGUUUGGAAUAUUGAGCCAAAAUUGGAAUUGACAAGAGCGAUGAUUGAACAAAUUGCUCGUCCACAACCGUUCACUACCAACAUUGCACCGCGACCAAUACCUCAUCACCAUGCAAAUCGCAUCUCUACACACAGUCAAAACGCAGCUUUUAAGGGUCCACCAAAGAGCUACGUUUUGCAAAAGGACACGGUUUGGGGACGUCUCGGGUUGAUUUAUUCGUCAUCGCUGCGCGUCGGAGCCGAAGGAGACCAACGGCGUUCCUAUCUUGUCGGAUUUCGACUACCCAAGUGGUUAUCUCAAUGGUUUUCCUGGCAAGACAUAUCCUAUCAACUUCGAUUCUCAGGCAUCAUUUGCUAUCAGAAACGUGUUCCUCUAGAUUUCCCAUUCCUGGUGGCAUGCAAAGCUGGAGAUCUAACACUGAUUACCCAAUAUAUCAUCAACGAUCAUGAACUCGUGAAUUGCAGGAGUUCUUGCUCGGGUAAGACUCCACUCUUGCUCGCUAUCGAAUCGGGGAAUCUUGAUGCAGUGCGAUCCUUGCUUGAAGCUGGAGCUCGAACAGAUGUUGGAGAUGACGACCAAAUUUUGCCAGUCUUUGCCGCCUUAGGAUUCAAAGGUCGGAGGAAAUCAGCUGGUCGACAGAGCCCAUUUAUUCAGUUCCCACCCAAAACAGAUGCAUGGCUCGACACCCUUCGUUUGCUCACUGAAAACGGAGCGUCGGUGCACGAUAUAGUUGGUAAUCGAGCGAUCACCAUGCUCAACCUUAACCGCGACACGUAUCACGAGGAAACCACUCUCCGCUUCUUCUAUAUCCUUCGACAAGAAUGCUACGUUGAUUUCGAUCUUGUAAGCGACCAGGGUCCUUCAGCACUCUUAAUGGCAAUUAGGAGCGGCACGACAGCAUGCACGGCUAUAGAUUUUCUCGCCAAGAAUGGUGUCAAUCUGCAACAGAUCUAUCACGACGGAAGAACAGCACUGCAUAUCGCCGCAGAGAUGACAUCUAACUCGGACUCACUGAAGCAUCUAUAUAAUGUUUAUGGUUUGCAUGAAGUCAAUAGACAGGAUCAAUGGGGAUGGACGCCACUUCAUUACGCUGUUGGGUCUGAGGGCCUGUCUCCAAACGCUAAGAGCUCCAAUGUUCUAUUUCUCCUUAAUAAAGGAGCAGAUCCACAUAUCCUAGGACGGAGAGUCUUUCUUCAGAGAUCACAUGCUAGUUCUCUUCUCACAACGGCCGUUACGCCAAUGCAGUAUGCAAAUCUAUUGGGAAAUGAUAUACGACGACGAGUGCUGGAUCAUUUAGCAUCAAAUUGGGUAUCCGAAAUGAGCGCUGAAGAAGUGGAGGAAGAUAUCUUCUUCGAUGCUGAGGAGGAGGGCCUCCUGCUUUAG